AAAAUGAUAAUGAUAAAGAAAAAAUUAAAAAAUUACAAAAAAUAUUUGCAACAAAAGAAAUAGAAAUAGAAAGUUUGAAGAAAGAUAAAAAAAGAUAUAAACUAGAAGCAAAAACUUGGAAAGAUCUUUAUGAUAAAGCUAAAGAUGAAAAUGAAAG